CAAACCUAUAAAUUUCUGAAAAAUUUACAUGCCCACUUUCAACCGGAUUCAGAACUAUAAUUUCUGAAAGACAAUUCAAAAACACCAAAAAUAAUCACCAUCGAUAUAUAGAGAGGAAAAUGUUUUCGCAAUUCGGGGCGACGGCGGAGUCGCUGAGCAAGGCGUCGACGAUGGUGUUCCGGAUCGGCACCGAUGCUCAUCUUUACGACGAUCCGGAUGACGUCAGCAUCUCUCCACUCCUUGACAGCAAGUUCGACUCCGAGAAAUGCGAGGCCCUCAAGAGGUUGCUUGCGCUCAUCGCCCAGGGUUUUGACGUCUCCAGUUACUUCCCUCAGGUGGUGAAAAAUGUGGCGUCGCAGUCCCUGGAAGUUAAGAAGCUCGUUUACUUGUAUCUCCUGCACUAUGCUGAAAAGUAUGCCAGACAGUAGUGUCUAAAUGCGCCCCCCCCCCCC